AUGGGUCUUCAACAUUUUCUCGUAGGUCUCGUCUUUGUUUCCCAACUUUUUGCUCAAGAGCACGGAGGAAACUUGUACAAUUACUCUCUCGAGAAGCUCUUGAGAGCUCGACGACAAUCAAAAAACAUUAAUUCCAAUGAGAUUCACACUACUUUCACCAGCGAUAUUGAUACGUAUUCACCUGUAUACGUAAGUGCUCAAAAUGGGCUUAAGGAAGCUGAUAAGAUCGUCGCAUUGCCUGGACAACCCUACGGGGUGACCCUUGAUCAAUACUCGGGUUAUGUAACCGUUGAUCCUCAAGCCGGAAGAGCGUUGUUUUAUUACUUUGUGGAGUCUAAAAAUUCAUCUCUUAAACCUCUUGUACUUUGGCUAAAUGGAGGACCUGGCUGCUCCUCUUUGGGAGCCGGGGCAUUUAUGGAACUUGGGCCCUUUCGACCGAACCGAGAUGGAAAAACAUUGUGGGAGAACAAAUAUGCAUGGAACAAUGUGGCGAAUAUUUUGUUCCUUGAGUCACCGGCAGGAGUAGGGUUUUCGUACUCGAAUACAACAUCUGAUUAUGAUAAGAGCGGAGACACGAGAACGGCUAAGGAUGCGUAUGCUUUCCUAGUGAAUUGGUUGGAAAGGUUUCCCGAGUACAAAGACCGAGAUUUCUUCUUAACCGGAGAGAGUUACGCCGGACACUAUGUUCCCCAACUAGCUCAACUCAUUCAACACAAUAACAAGAUCACAAAUCAAACUAUUAUCAACUUGAAAGGGAUUGCUAUUGGGAAUGCAUUAUUGGACGAUGAGGCAGCUGCGAGAGGCAGUUACGAGUCGCUAUGGAGACAUAACUUGAUUUCCGAUGAAAUUCAUUAUAAUAUAAUGGCAAGUUGCAAUUUUUUCGACGUGAAUUCAACACAAAAAUGCAAGGACUAUCUUCACCAAGCAGACAAGGCUUUUGGAAACAUCUACAUAUACGAUAUUUAUGCUCCCUUGUGCUCUUCUCCGCCUUCCUCAAGCCUCGGGGUUGCCUAUUUUGAUCCAUGCACGGGGAAUUACGUGAGUGAAUACUUGAACCUUCCCGAAGUACAACAAUCUCUCCAUGCAAAUGUCUCGGGCAACCUUUCCGGAAAAUGGGAAUCUUGCAACGACUAUAUUGCUGAUAUUUGGAAUGACAUGCCAUCGACGGUGUUGCCCAUUGUUCAAGAGUUAAUGGACAGCGGGAUUAGUGUUUGGAUAUACAGCGGUGACACGGAUUAUAUAAUAUCAACGACAACAACUGAUUUCAGCAUAGACAAACUAAAUGCGACGGUUAAGACUCCAUGGUAUCCGUGGAAAUACCAAGGAGAGGUUGGUGGUUAUGUGGUGGAAUACGAGAAAAUGACGUUUGUAACUAUUAGAGGUGCGGGACAUUUAGUACCGAGUUAUCAACCUAGUCGUGCUCUAGCUAUCUUCUCAUCUUUCAUUGAGGGGAAACUUCCUCCUUCAAUUUAAGCACAAAGUUCUUGAAGAACUUAAUAAAAGGCAUUAUCAAUGUAAACAAUAUUAACCAUAUAAUCAAAUUAGCUGGAAAAAGGGCAUGUACUUUUCACUUUAAUUUACCUCUCAUGUUCAAAAUAAUAUAGAAUUG